AUGUACUCGCGCUCGAAGCUCGAGAAGCUCUUGCGCCAGGCCAAAGUGACGACGCAGAGCAUCCAGAAGGUGUCACAAUGGAUCCUCACGCACCGUCAGAACCUGCGCGAGAUCGUCGCGCAGUGGGCCGACCUCAUCCGCGAGCGCGAGCCCGAGCACCAGAUCGUCUACUUGUACGUCGCCAACGACGCCAUGCAAGUGGGUGUGCGCAAGUUUGGACGGCACAUUGCCGCGGCGUUCGAAGAAGUGCUCGUGGAGAUUGUGCACUUUGUCAUGAGCGAGGGCGAGGAAAAGGUCAAGCGGUGCAUUAUCAAGAUCGUGGGCAUCUGGAAAGAGCGCGGCGUGGUGACGCCGUCGCUGCUUGCGAUGCUCGAGAACGUCUGUGCAGGCAAACCCGCAGUUGAGCACGUGCCGGAAGCGGAUGCAGAUCCAGAAGAGACAACGGCGAGACUGUUGCAGGAUAUGACGAGUGAAGCUGCAGUGGAGCGCGUGCUGGAAGACAUGCCAGAGGUCGUGGAAGCUGCAGCAACGACGCAGUUGGCGACGCACUUGCAGGAUCUCGUGAACGCGACCAUCAGUGCCGAUAUGCUGAGCGACCGCAUGUUCCAGCUCGAGUCAAGUAUCAGUGUCUUCCAUCACGCGUGUGCGGAGCAAGACGAGGAAGAAGACGACGAGGUCGUGGUGGUCGGCGAAGAGGAGAACCGGACGUACCCUGUGGCUGGUGGCAUUGCGUGGGGCAAGAUGGACCAGCAAGUGUACGACUUGGACGUCGACAGUAGUCGGACCCACGUGGAGCAAUAUCGCACGAACCUCACGGAUCAGGCUGCGAAACGAGAAGCACUGAUCAAGAAAUUGCAGGGGCUGGAGACCAUGGAUCUGUUCUCGUUCCCUCGAGGUGCAAUAGCAAUCGAGGAGGCAGAACAACAGGAACAAGCACUGGAGAGGCUCUACGGUAUAGCUCGCGAAGCCGAGACGAUCGAGAGGAAGCAGCUGGAGGCACAGCGCGCCGAGUUCCGUGCUCGACAAGCUUCUAUGGCUGCAUCGUUUGCGGACCCCUUGUAUACAGGGUACCAGGCGGCCGAGGAUUCUUACCAACCCGUUACCCCGACGAUGUCGACAAACACCAGGGACAGUGGAACCAGCCACGUGAGCUAUCGCAGGUCUUCGUACCAGUACGACGAGCCUCAGCAGUAUCCUCCUGCGCUCCGUCGCCACAAUAGCGCCUCAGCUGCCACGGAUCGUGGCUUCAUGGACGACCGGUACAAUAACCAACACCGACAUGAGGGGCAGCUCGACCAGUACGGCGGACAGCGUGACCGGUACGGCGAGUACAGCAGCCAAUAUGGAGUCGACUCGCCCUCUACUAGCAAGCGACCCAAGCUCCACCAUGCGCACAGUAUGGAGUCGCAAAACCUGCAGUGGCAGGAGGCGUCUCGCCGCUCGCCGCCUCGUGCCGGAACGCUGCCGAGUUCGUACGCUGCUGUGGACAGACAACAGUUGCCGUAUUCACCGCGUGACAACAUUUACUCGCCAAGAGAUCGAUACCAUGCGCCUCCACAGCAGCCACGUCAGGGCCGCCGGACCCGAUGGGACUCGGCGCCCGACGAUCGAAGCAAUAUCCACUACAACGAGCACCGCUGGUGA